AUGAAGGAAAACAAUAUUACCCCCUCUACUUCGCAGCCUGCGAGAUUGCCUGCACCUGCCGCUAAGUCACCAAUCCAGGCAACGGCUACCUCAGCCGCCGCAACCAUUACGGUCAACAGCCCCUCUAUGAACGGUGCUGGCCAGCAGCUGUUUUGUCAGUGGUUUGGAUGUACUGAAAAUUCUCCUACCGCCGAGGCUCUCUAUAAGCAUCUCUGUGAAAGCCACAUUGGCCGUAAGAGCACUAACACCCUUAACCUUACCUGCGAAUGGGGUACCUGCAAUACCACAACGAUAAAGCGGGAUCACAUCACCUCACACAUCCGGGUGCAUAUACCGCUCAAGCCUCACAAGUGUUAUUUAUGCGGCAAGGCCUUCAAGCGCCCUCAGGAUCUGAAGAAGCAUGUGAAGACCCACGCAGACGACUCGGAGAUCCGAUCCCCCCAAUUGGACCUAAAGCGCCCAAAAAUAAUAUCUUCUCAAAUAUCCAAGGGGUAUGCUGCUGCCGCCGGUUACUUUGAGAGCUCGGUCAAUGGUGUCAAUGGUCAAUAUGCACAAGCUACUUCCCAAUACUAUCAACCACGCCCUCAUUAUCACGCUACCAACACUCAGUUCUAUGGAAAUUUGUACUAUGGGUUAAGCCAGCGUCAAGAGGGAAACCAUCUUUAG